GCGAAGAAUCAGCUUAGUCGUUCUGUGAUCCGUGAACCGUGUUGGCUCCUGGCCCCGAAGUCAGCAUACGACUACAGCGCCAACUGCUCCUGGUGAAAAAACAAAUUUCAUUGCGUGCAGUGACCGUUCAGUGACAGAGCUGCAUUAGCUGAAGUCGCGAAGAAGGGUGGUGAUCAUGAGGGAGUAUAUACUUAAAACGGAAUCAACCCUAACAUUUUAUGUGAACGGAAGGAAGGUGGUUGAUAACAAUGUGGACCCAGAAUGGACAUUAUUAUAUUACCUGAGGAAUAAGUUGCGUCUUUGUGGCACAAAGCUGGGCUGUAGUGAAGGAGGAUGUGGAGCCUGCACUGUCAUGGUCUCCAGGUAUGAUCGUGUCAAAGGAAAAGUUAUUCACCUGGCAAUCAAUGCCUGUUUGGCACCUGUGGCCUCCAUGCAUGGGCUUGCUGUCACAACUGUGGAGGGCAUUGGUAGCACCAAGACACAUCUACACCCUGUGCAGAAGAGGAUAGCAGAGGCUCAUGGCUCACAGUGUGGUUUCUGCACACCAGGAAUUGUUAUGUCCAUGUACACCUUACUCAGAAACUUACCCAAACCCAAGAUGAAAGACAUGGAAAUAGCUUUUCAAGGCAAUUUGUGUAGAUGCACUGGCUACCGUCCAAUUAUUGAAGGGUUCCGUAGUUUCACUGAAGACUGGGAACAGAGCCAAGCUAUGUACAACAACCACCUGAAUAAUGGGAUUAGUAAUGGUAAUGGAUGUGCGAAGGGAGACCAAUGUUGUAAGAACAAGUUUAAUGGUGUGACAGCUAAUGGUGGCUGCACUGAGGAUCAAGCAGUGCUGUUCAGUAAGACAGAAUACACACCAUAUGAUCCAUCACAGGAACCAAUCUUCCCUCCAGAACUCAGGAUGAAUUCCAGUUUUGAUUCUCAGUUCCUAGUCAUAAAGGGGAAGAGAGCAACAUGGUACCGCCCUACAAAGUUAGAGGAUCUGCUGUACCUGAAGUCAGAAUAUCCUCAUGCUCGCAUUAUUGUUGGAAAUACUGAAGUAGGUGUAGAAAUGAAAUUUAAAAAUAUGAUAUAUCCAGUCCUCAUCCAGCCAAAUCAAAUUCUGGAACUAACAUCUGUUGCCACAUGCAGUUCUGGGCUUAGAAUAGGAGCUGCAGUCACUUUGAAUGACAUGCAGCAGGCUUUAAGGAAUGACAUAGAGUCACAACCAGAACACAAGACUAGAAUUUUUGUGGCCAUUGUCAAUAUGCUGCACUGGUUUGCUGGCAAACAAAUAAGGAAUGUUGGGGCUGUAGGAGGAAAUAUUAUGACAUCAAGUCCAAUUUCUGACCUCAACCCAAUCUUCAAUGCUGCAGGGUGCCAACUGGAGUUACAUAGUAAAGAGAACGGCAUAAGAUACGUAACAAUGGAUCACACCUUUUUCACUGGCUACAGGCGAACAGUUGUGAAACCUGAUGAAGUUCUUGUUUCAAUUACUAUUCCCUACACAAAAGAGGACCAGUACUUCUAUGCAUACAAACAAGCAAAAAGAAGAGAUGAUGAUAUUGCUAUUGUGAAUAUGGCUUCCAAUGUAGAGUUCAAUCCAGGAACUAACACAAUUAAGGACAUCAGUCUUGCAUUUGGUGGAAUGGCCCCUACAACUGUGCUAGCUAUGAAGACUAAAAACAAACUCAUUGGAAAGCAGUGGGAUGAAAAGACACUUGAAGAAGCAUAUUCAUCUUUAAUUGAAGAUUUGCCUCUAAAUCCAAGUGCUCCAGGUGGCAUGAUUCGGUAUCGCAGAUCUCUCACACUGAGUCUGUUUUUCAAGGCAUACCUUGCUAUCUUGAACCAAUUUGAACAGAGAAAGGUUCCAGUAGUACAGAAGCUGCCACAGCAGUACCAGAGUGCAUCUAGUGGCUUCCACAGCAAGAUACCCAAGAGCUCUCAAUAUUUUCAAGUGGUACCAGCAGAUCAAAAGGAUACAGACCUUGUUGGAAGGCCAAUUGUACAUAAGUCGGCUUUCAAACAAGCUACAGGGGAAGCUGUAUAUUGUGAUGACAUGCCACACUUUGAGAAUGAGCUCUACCUGGCUCUAGUCUUAAGUACUCGAGCACAUGCUGAAAUUUUAUCUAUUGAUGCAAGCCAGGCACUUGCCAUGGAGGGUGUCCAUGCAUUCUUCUCAGCCAAGGAUCUACAAGAGCCACCUUUUCGAAACUGUCAUGGGAUUAUUCAUGAUGAUGAAGUCUUUGCAGAAGGAAAAGUAACAAGUCAGGGACAAGUUAUCGGAGCAGUGGUUGCUGUUGACCAGAUAACAGCUCAGCGUGCAUCUAAACUUGUCAAAGUGGAAUACAAGGACUUGGAACCAGUAAUAAUUACUAUUGAGGAUGCAAUUAAGAAGAAAUCUUUCUUCUUUAAUAGUCCCAAAGAAAUAUAUCAAGGAGAUAUAGAGGCAGCAUUUAGAAGUGCUAACCAUGUCCUAGAUGGAGAAGCUCGAAUGAGUGGACAAGAACACUUCUACUUGGAAACACAUUGCACAAUUGCGGUUCCGAAGGGUGAAGAUGAUGAGAUGGAGUUGUUUUGUUCUACACAGAAUCCAUCAGAGACACAGAGAGUAACAGCAGAAAUUCUUGGUAUUAAAAGUAACCGAGUAGUUUGCCGAGUGAAGCGAAUGGGUGGAGGUUUUGGUGGUAAAGAGUCUCGAAUGCUAGUCCUUUCUGUUCCUGUUGCAGUGGCAGCAUACAAGUUAAAUCGGCCUGUGCGAUGCAUGCUAGACAGAGAUGAAGAUAUGAUGGUGUCUGGAACACGUCAUCCAUUCCUUGGAAAGUACAAAGUAGGAAUUACAAAAGAGGGAAAGAUUAUAGCUUGUGACAUUGAAAUAUACUGUAAUGCUGGCCAUACUUUGGACUUGUCUGGAGCUGUUACAGAGAGAGCUAUGUUCCAUUUUGAAAAUGCAUAUUAUAUUCCAAAUGCUAGAGUCAGAGGUUAUAUCUGCAAAACCAAUCUUCCAUCCAACACUGCAUUCAGAGGAUUUGGAGGACCACAGGGAAUGUUUUUUGGAGAGAAUAUGAUAAGAGAAAUUGCAUCAUAUUUGAAUAAGGAUCCUCUUGAAAUUUCUUCAAUAAAUUUAUAUAAAGAAGGUGACAAAACACAUUACAAUCAACCCCUAGAAUACUGCACUCUGCAGAGAUGUUGGGACAAAUGUCUAAAAACAGCAGACUAUUUCAACAGGAAGAAGCAAGUUGAGGAAUUUAACAGGCAGAACCGAUGGAAAAAACGAGGAAUGAGUGUUGUGCCAACAAAGUUUGGAAUAUCUUACACACUGCUGAUGUUGAACCAGGCUGGAGCACUGGUGCUCAUAUAUGAUGAUGGUUCUGUGCUUAUUAGCCAUGGAGGCACAGAAAUGGGACAGGGACUGCAUACAAAAAUGAUACAGGUGGCCAGCAGGGCUCUUGAUAUUUCUGCAGACUUCAUCCACAUUGCAGAGACAUCAACUGACAAAGUACCAAACACUUCAGCUACUGCAGCCAGCUGUGGCUCUGAUUUGAAUGGCAUGGCAGUCUUGGAUGCAUGUGAAACACUUCGUAAAAGACUGGAACCAUUCAAAGCUGCAAAUCCAAAAGGGAAAUGGGCAGAUUGGGUGAAGACAGCUUAUUGCGAACGAGUCAGUCUCUCGGCUACUGGAUUCUACAAAACACCAGGCAUUGGAUAUGACAUAUCAAAAAAUGAAGGCAAGCCUUUCAAAUACUUCACGUAUGGUGCAGCAUGUUCAGAAGUGGAGAUAGACUGCCUGACUGGUGAUCAUCAGGUACUAAGGACUGAUAUUGUGAUGGACCUUGGAGACAGCCUGAACCCAGCCAUUGAUGUGGGCCAGAUAGAAGGAGGAUUCAUGCAAGGAUAUGGUCUCUUCACACUGGAAGAAAUGGUGUACUCACCUACUGGCACAAUCUAUGCACGAGGACCUGGUGUUUACAAGAUACCAGGCUUUGCAGACAUACCCACAGAAUUUAAUGUUUCAUUACUGAAAGGGGCACCAAAUAAGCAUGCUGUAUAUUCCUCCAAGGCUGUUGGUGAACCACCACUGUUUCUGGCUUCUUCAGUCUUCUUUGCAAUCAAAGAAGCCAUCACAGAUGCCAGAGCAGAGAGAGGACUGAAGGGAACAUUUAAACUUGAUGCCCCAGCUACAGCAGCUCGUAUCCGGAUGGCUUGUGAGGAUGAGAUCACUGAUAAGUUUCCUGAACCAGAUCCAAGCACGUUCACACCGUGGAAUGUAGUGCCUUGAUCUUGUUAGUUGGGUACUACUGCAUUGAAAUUUGAAGUCAUAAAAGGAAAGAUGAGAAGAACAUAGUGAUAUGAUAUUAUCUGAAAAUCAACAUAAUCCCUUUUUAGUAACUGAUCACUUUUUCCUUGAGUUAUUUAAGAUGUCAUGGAUAAAGAAGACCUUGGUGUGGGGAGUUCUGGAACCUGUAAUGUUUUCCAAUCUAAACUUUUAUGAUUCACAUAGCAGUAGGUGAGCAGUUGAUUUUCCAAAGUCUGUUAUUUGGUCUGGCUUGCAUUGUGGAGUAGAAAUAGUUGUCUAUAUAUCUGUACUACAAACACAUUCAUAUAUAUUUAUUACAAUAUAGAAAUCGUUUGCAUUUAUGACUUCAAAAUUGAUUAAAAGUGAAGAGAUAACAUAAUUACCAAAGUUGAGCAUUCACAUUUUAAAGUUAUGCACAAAGUUACAACAGAUAAUUUGUGUUGUCAGAUAGCUCACACUACCAGUAACCGGUCUAAGUGCAUGGGGAAACCCACCCCCUCAAUACAGAAUACAGAAUAGCUCACACUAGCAAAAUGGCAUAUAGCAGAAAGCAAAGUGAUCAUAAUUGACAUAUCUAGAGUAAUCUCGGUAGUAAAAUAAUAAUGUUCAAUACAGACUACCAGUAGUUGAUGAAAGGAAGUGAAAACAGAAACGACUGCCAUCUGUAAAUGAGUAAGUAUUCCAGCUCUGAUAAAAUGUAUAUACAAUGUAACACAGAAUAUAUAGACUGGCAUAACUGAAGUUGUGGAUUUAAGUGAGUCAUGAACUGCCAUUUGGAAAACAAUAUCAUGGGUUCCAUUAUUCCCUUCCCCCAAAUCUUGCUUACCUAUGGUUAAAUGGCAGAUUCAUUGUAAGCUGUUACAAAUGUCUCCUGUAAUUGGGAAAGUGUGUUGAUCAUACAAUGCAUUCCAAUAAUAUACAGUGAAGGUGUUGUUACAGAACUUAACUCAAUAAACAUAUUUGUUUUGCA